UCUAAAUAUGGAGCAGAUUAAUCAUAUCAGCACUCGAGUAUGCUGAUGCCGUUCCGCAGAACAUGCUAGAAUUUUUACGCGUGAGGAUUUGGAAGCGUUUGCAUGCGCCAUGCCAUGUCUAGUUUUAGUUUCGCCCAUUCUGUGUUUUCGUGAUUUGUGUUUUGGUGAUUCCAGCGAGACAUUUUACAUAUCACUGACACACAGGAUUAGUUUGCUCCCCCAAAGUGAAAGGGCACACGGUGCCAGGCGUCUGCACUGAUUGAUUCGAGUGAAAAUAGUUGGCCUAUGGAAGUGGAGACGGCGAUGACACGCCGCAGCUACGCCUGUAUGAUUCAGAAUUUCUGGUAAGUUUAAUGCGCGCUUUGAGCCCCGCUAAGUUAUUCUGCGCGCGUGCUCCUCUCCCCUGCAGUCUUUCUAACGGUCCGUACGAUCUGUAUGGAGAAUGAGUCUAAGCGCAGGACCCGAGAACAGGAAUUUACCAGUCUGACUUCCCCAAAUGUACUAUGUGUACUAUAAUUCGCGAUGUGGCUGCUUACAUAACGGUGUGGAUGGGGGGUUGGAGGUCAUGAAGGUAAUCAUUACCUGUGGGUUUGAAUUCGGGAGUCGUUACCGCAGAAGGAGCCCGGUCUUCCUAUCAAUAAUUAAUCCAUUUGCGAAGCAGCGGGAAAGGGGGAGAGAGUGCGCGGAUCCCGAGAUCCUCGUUUUGAACAGCAAUCACCCGCGAAUCAUGUCACAAACUGACAGCUCUCCGAGCAGAGCUGACGAGGAGGACAAGGGAGGAUGAAGGAGGGAAGGGGGACGGGAGAGGUAGAGGAGGAAUAUAAUGAAGUUGAGCGGGAAAGGACUGUGUGCCAUCGUCUCCAGCUGCCUGCUCUUCGUUUGUGCCGUAAGCGCCGUGGCUGUCGGAUUCAAAUGCAUUUCGCUGGGCUCAGAAGUGAAAGUGCAUUUUCACCUGGGAACGGCAGCCGGGGCGUUUUAUUCUGGACUCCUGGUCGGUCUAGGGCAGGUCCUGCUCGGAUUCUCCCUCCUCUGCUGCGAGGGGAAACCCGGGAGGCGGAAUUUCUUCCUGCUCGGAAUCUUAGUGUUCAUGUUGGGAAUUCUCACCGCUUUCUCGGGCGCCGUGGUGGAUGGAGACACCGUGUCGCUGGUAGAACGGAAGUAUUCACACUACUGCCUAGACUCUGUGGAUUUAGACCCCAUCUGCGAACGGCUGAAGCAUUAUCAGCGGAGUCUGAUCAUAUCUACAAUCCUCAACACUUUGGAAUGCCUAAUUGGGCUUAUUAACUUAGUGAUCAUCAAGAGGUAUAAAACGGCGCAGUUCUACCGGAGAAGACUGUCUCAGAGGCAAAGCGUUGGGGCUAUUCUUUUCAACGAGGAACAAGACUUUACCGCGUCGGAAUUCCAGCCGGUUUCUUACAUUAACUUGGGGGUAUUUCAUGUGUUCGACGAGGCCGGCGGGGAAGUACAAUGUGGGGGUCAUCCCUCGAUCGAACUACCGGGAUAUUCACCCACUGAUCCAGAACUAAACCAUUCAUACCCCUUUUCGUACCCUCUUCCAAAUGAGCUACCACCCGCGUACGAGGACAUUUUCCCCGGAGAAGCGAGCAACAAAUAGGUUCUCUGCCUCAAAAGUUGCGACCCGGGCUCUCAAAUCUGCAGUGACAAUCACGGGAUGUACUCUAAAUUUAGAAAUGUUUAGCGUUCAGUCAUAUUUGGACAAAUGUUUUCCAGUUCUUUCCCAUCUUCUAAGAACGACCGUUUUUACAGAGCCUAAAGCAACAGAAGGUACACACAUUUGUUUAUCUUUGACGGUAUAUAGGCUGGUCUCGGUUUUCGAAAACAUGCUUACAGAACAGUUUGCUGCCAUUGACCGAUCCUUAUGUAGAAAACGUAAGAUCUAAAAAGUAAAUAUGAAAGAUUAUUGUAUGUGCUGCGUUAGCGGUGGUAUACACGACACAUGCCAUACAUUUGUAAAUGCUGUUAUGUUAUUGAACCGUCACAUAUAUCCCUACAUAGCGCCUAUUGGUACAUCAGCACGUCACCUAAAUGGGAAAAAAACAUAAAUAACUCAUUACAAGUGAAACGACAAGAAAAAUAAUUAGUCUUUUAAAUUGUCACAGAAAGGACCUCAACGGUUAUAUUAUGAAUAUAGGAUCAUGGCGAUGCUACUAAAAUAUGUGCAUAACAAUGACAUUAAAAACAAAAACAACAACAGUAAUAAAUUCCAAAGACAUGUGAGGCAUCCUCGUGAUUUAAUUAAAUUUCCAGCUUGAAGUAAGGAAAUCUUUCAUUCACCAUAACGCAAAGCACAAAAUACAGCAUAUAUGAACGAAAAAAAAAAUCAACAUUUAUUGGAAUAUAAACAUUUCUCAUAUUUUAUGCGACCAGACAACCUCGUCCAUAUCAUAGCUCUUGCAUAAUUAUUUUUUUUAGAAUAUUUUAAAAAUGUUACCUUAUGAUUGCAGCUGUCAAGAAAUCUGCAUUAACCGUUUGCAAAGUCUGAAAACAUCAAACUCUUGAAACUGAUAAGUUAUGUCUUUCCGCCCUUCACAGGUGGUAUAAUUUCCUCGUAAAUUGUGUUUUCCUGUAUACAUACAAAGGUGUUGCUGUGAUAUUCAGAGACGAUCAUCAGGAAACAGUUAAAAGGGGUGGCGACAACAGUGCGACGAUUUGUGCGCUCUCAAAUGUAUAUAAGUACUAUUUUCAACUAUGUGCAACGGAAGCUAAAAUAAGGUUUACUGAGAAUAUAUGAAGUUUAACAUUUAUAAACGAAUGUAUUUGCACUUUACUUUUUAAAUUUCCUCUUUGUUUGCAAAGGUAGCAAAUGUAACAUAACUUUAAAUAAAAUGUGCCUGCACUCACCGAAUUGACGGCGAGCUACUUAGCCUACAUGCUGAAUAUGUAUCAUUAUUAUUACGGCCUUCGCGGUUUCCAUACGAUUGCUUUAACAGCGACAUGCAUAUAAUCAUGUUUUUUGUCAUUCUGGGCACACUUUGUCCGUUCAUAUAUACGAAUUAAAUAUUUUACUGAACGUGG